AUGGAAAUUCAUUGGUUCAUCCUAAUGCAAUUGGUCCUACACUCUAAUCACCCUACUAACACCAUCCAAGCUGGAUGCAUCUAUUUGAAGAAGAAACAAAUACCAUCUAUUUCAAGUUCACCUAGAUUAGUCAACACAUCACCUUUUGUAGGACAUGAGAUAAAUUGGAAUGAUUUCUCUAAAUUGAUUAUGCCAUCAACUGAAUUAACACAGUCACAGUCUGAUGAGAUCACCAAAUUUUGGAGAAAAGGUAACGAACACAUGAAAUACAGAUGGGAAACUCGGACAUUGUACUGUCCUGAGAUCAUAACAGAAAUGAAUGAAAUCCUAUUAUCACCCAAAGACAGCUGGGAUUCAAGACUUGUCAAAUUAUGUAGAGAAACACAUUCAGAUGAACCAUUCAAGAAUGUAUCAAAGAAAAAAGCUUUCUUUGCAGGCUUAUGUCAAUUUCUUUUAUCAAAGGAUACACCAUUCAAAGUUUUACAAGUGAUUCAAUUUGAGUUAUUUGAGAUGAGAAAAAUUAUCAGUGAUUCAAUUGAAUUUUAUGAUUCUGACUGGUGGUAUUGGUUGAAGAAAACCAUUGCUCUCAACAAAUCAAGAUGUAUUGAAUCUAUUGAGAGACUAGCAUCUGGAAGAAUUGUAAAUGAUCAUGAUCAUUUCAGAAACAUCAUUAACUUUUCAGCCUUCCAAAAAGGAUUAGGGGAAUAUGGUAUAAGCUUAGUUGGUGAUUGGUCACCAGCAGAUCAAAAGGCACUUUUUCAGUUCUGGAUAACUGGGAUAUCAAAGAAUUCAUUUGCACACAAAGGUACAUGGUUCCCUACCAAUCAGAGAUACCUGAAAAUAUGGCACCAAUGGAUCAAAUCAAGGUCAUCAAGUUCUGGUCAAGCAGUGAGUGAACUCUUAUCUGUCAAAGAUAAGUAUCAAACUAAUAUGUUGAUAUCUUCCCAAUCAUUGAAGGAACUGAGGAUACAAGAACUUUACAGAGGUAUAUAG